CCCUGGGGGUCUUGGUCGCCAUCUAACUGCGGCUGUGAGCCCACCAGACCCGUUGCCUGUGAGAACAUGAGUGAGCAGGAGAGGGAGGCAGAGGAUGACGAGGGAGGGGGCACUUCGGACACAGCGCCCAUGCUGCCCCGGUGGCCUCCUGCCCACCGGGCAUCCGCCCAGACGUCUUCAGGGCGGGCGGGCUCGGCUGCCCGCGGCCUCAGGACCCUGCUGCUGCCCGGCCGGCUCCUGUCCGGGCUCCUCCUCCGCCUGCUGCUGCCCGCGGCCGUGUUUCUACUGGUGCUGAUGCCGGCAGCCGCCCUCAUCUACCUGGGAUUCCUGUGCCACUCCAGGGUCCACCCGGCGCCUGUCCCCACUUGCCGCGCGCUGCUCUCCGACCGCAGCUCCGCGACGCUCAUCGUGCUGGGCUUCCUCUCUCUGCCUCCACUGCUGGUGCUCGCCUCUGCCACCCGCGCCCGCCUGGCCCGGCGCCUCCGCUCGCUGCUGCCGCCCCCCACAUGGACACCUGGACCCCGCCGACACCCAGGGUCCAGCGACGGCGGGCGGACCGAACGCCACCCCGACGGGGAGGAGCAGCUCUGCGCCUGGGUGUGACCCCAGAGGCCCUUCCAAGUCCAGGGAGGCUGUCGAAUGCCCCGCAGCCCCCAUAAAGUGGCCUCAAGUCGGCGAGCUGGACGUCUGCAUCCAGGUCCCGCGGAGUGGCGCGCGUGCUUCUGGCUCGUGCGCAGUGCUCCGAGUGGCCACGAGAUGGCACUGGACUCCCUCGAAACUGGGUGGGGGGACCCGCCCUUCCCCGCCCUGCUGCGGAGGCGCUGGGAACGCCUCUCCGAGGCGGGGCGGCUCCCAGCGGGGGCGCGCGCCCGGGCGCCCUGAAAGGCGGUCUUUCUGGCUUCGGCCGCUGUGGCUGUCCUGGGUGGGCUCCCGCUGCCUCACAGCCCCUGCGCGCCCCUGCCUGGUCAGCCGCGGGCCUCCAGCAAGGUUCAGAGACUUCCACACUGGCUAGAGAGCACGCUUCCAGAAGCUCAGCGAUGGCCGGCAGCGCCAGGGCCGGCUGGGCUGAGACUAAGGCCAGGGUCGGGGCUCAGGCUCAGAUAAUUUUAGGAUCGGUGUCUUCUGUGUUCUGUUCUAUGCUUUACGCUUGCUUCCAGGUAUGGAUAUGUUCUUAACUGUCCAUUUGGCAUCCAUGGUGUUUCCCGUUCCUGGGAAAACAGGAAUAUAUAUAUUUCAUCAGUUCCGGAGAAUUCUCAACUAGUAUCCCUGGAGUCCUGUCUGUCGUUCACUGUAUAUGUUCUUAGGGGAAAUGCCGCCGUCCCCUUGGACCGCUCUGCUGAUUGGUCUCCCUGCGUCUCCCAUCUCAUCGUCUCUCUUUGCUGCCUUCUGGGCGAGCGAGUCCUUCAGCUCCCUCUUCCAGUUCCAAUUCACUCGCUGCAUCCGGUCUGCCAGUUAACGCAUCCAUUUAAUUUUCGGUUGUGGUACCUAAAAGGAAUACUUGCUUCCUUUUUAAAUCUGAUCGUUUCUGAUGGUCUGGUGCUGGUGUGCUUGAUCUGUGGAUUCCAGCUUCGACGUCUUGACCAGUUCGCUGUUAUUUCAUAUUCUGUCCCUAACCAUUCCAAUUUGUUAGUCUGGGGGUCUAACUUUGUUACGUGGUAUUUUUGCUGAUUCUCACGAAUAGCAUAUCGUUUCUCUGAAAGUUUGCUAAUUUUCAUGGUCAGCCCACACCUGUGAAAAUUCUGAGGCCUGCCCUGGCUGUUGUGGCUUGGUGGAUUGAGCGCUGGCCUGCGGACCGAAAGGUCACCAGUUCAAUCCCCUGUCAGGGUGCAUGCCUGGGCCGCAGGCCAGGUCCCCAGAUGGGGGCGUGCGAGAGGCAGCCGAUCCAAGUACCUCUUGCAUCUCAAUGUUUGUCUUUCUCCCCCCCUUCCCCUCUCAA